AUGGCGGCCGUUAAACGACGAAAACUUUAUAGGUUUGGAUACGCCAUCAGACACGACUCUCUGUGCAAUACUGCGCACCAGGACAUGCUAGAGGAAGUUGCUGUCAGGCCGAACUACCACUAUGUCCUGGCGCCAAACGUGAUACGACUUGAAAACCAGGAAACUCUGCUAGUUGGCAUUCUAGGUGGUGGAAGGAAUGAGAUUGUAACAGUAUACUUUGAAUAUCUGAACAAGACAAUCUCCAAAACAUUAACAACCAUUACAGAUGCAGCCCAUCCAGUCGAAGUGACGAUCAAGGUCACUGAAGAUGACCUUUUUAAAGACAUCGACACCAGUCCAAGUUUUAGUGACAAACCGAAAUCUAUAACUAUUGUCUGUGAAGGACCACACGGGAAGCAGGUCCGAGAUAUCGCUCUUAGUUACACACCAGGAUACCUGAUCGUACAGACGGACAAACCUAUGUACCACCCGGAGCAGACAGUAAAUGUUCGAGUUCUUGCAAUGGACGAAUCUAUGAAGCCAAUCAAGGACAAACAGCUGAAAAUUGACCUGAUUAGUCCCACAGGCCAGACUGUAGGGAGGGCUACUUUUGAUCCUGGGAAGAGUAAUAAUGGUUUCUACAGGGGAAAGUUUCAGCUUCCGCCACUUACGGAUUCAGGAACAUGGACUAUCAAAGCUAAACUUGGUGGAAAGUUGGAGACGUAUGCCAUUGCUCCUAUUGAAGUGCGCGAAUUUGUUCUCCCUACCUUCGGGGUAGAGAUUUCAACUCGACGGGAUUACAUAUUGCCAAAUGAGACUAAUAUAGAUGUUACAGUAUCAGCCAAAUACUUCUACGGCAAGGCUGUUGAGGGCAUUGCAGGACUCGACAUUAACGUCCGGAAGGAGGGGGGAGUGUCGGACCCGGAACGCGUUGUAACCAUGGGGAGACAUUCGCUGAAAGAUGGAAAUGCAUUCUUUGUGGUCAAUAUAACGAAGAUAGUGCAAGGUUUAGGAGGACAGUUUCCUGCAGACGCCGUGUUAGAGUUGUCUUCAAGGGUAUAUGAAUCUGCAACAGGCAAGGAGGAGUCGCGAGUUGAUGAUUCCUUGAUGUUUGUCGAGUGUCCUUUCAAGUUUGACUUUUCGCGUUCGAAGACUACUUACCGGAAAGGCAUCGCACACUACAUGCAGAUAAACAUGCUAUAUGCAAACGGUAAACCGGCCCAUCGAGAGGUGUUUCAUCUAACGAUCGACGGAGGCACUCCACAAGAACAUCGGUCGAACUACGAUGGCCAUUAUGUGGCUCGUAUCCCAGCUGCAAACCAGAACUUUAUGAGCAGGAUAAUACAGGUUUACGCCCCUGGGUUUGAAAAAUGUACAACAGGGUUGGUCCUUCAGCCAUAUACGGGAGACAGUCAGAUUGUCGUCGAUAAAGUAGACAUGGAAAGCACCUCGUUCAUUUGGGCCAACACAACCAUCAACAUGAAUCAAGCGGCUCAAUACACAGGCAUACUAAUGCUGAUAACAGCUCGUGGUAGGAUUGUAGAGACACGGUACUUUCCACCUUCCAUAGAUCAAACUUUCCAGUUGGAACAGGAUGUUUUGGACAAGGUGUCACCCGUUGGCCGAGUGUUUGCCUUUUAUGUGCACAACGCACAAUUAGUAGCAGACUCGUCUAUUUUUCAUGUAGAUGCAAAAUGCCGAGAAAAGAUGGAGCUCCAUCUUGAACAUCGCAAUGUGUGGCCAAGUACAACAUCCAAACUAACAGUCACCGGUCCAUCCGGAAUGUGGGUAGGAUUCAACGUCAUCGAUAAAGCAAUGCUGCAGUUGAACAACAAAAACGUUCUUAUGGAAAAUAAGAUUUUCAAUGAAAUGGAAGCUCACGACCUCGGUUGUGGUGCUGGGGGAAGAACGAACAGCGAAGAAAUAUUCAAGAACGCGGGUCUGACAAUUCUAACAAACGCUAAUGUGAACGAUGAACGCAUCCAUAAAGAGACGAUUGAAUGUGUCGCAAUGAACCGAAAACGACGCGAUGUGAAUGGGGAUAAAGAUUUAAAGGAAGGCAGCGGCGAAUCGGUCUUAAGUGGUCAAGAUCAUUAUCAACUUGACGUCGGCAUGUUAAAAAAUAUGGGAAUAACCCAGAGAGUUCGUAAAAACUUCGAAACGUCGUUCUUUUUUGAAGAACACGUGGUUAGUGCUCGGAGCUUUUCAACCGUUAUAAAAUACAGAGAAUCUAUAACAGAAUGGUCGAUUCAAGCCAUAGGUAUAUCUGAAAACACUGGUGCAUGCAUCGCAGUGCCCAAGAAAGUCCAAGCCUUUAGACAUUUUUUUAUUCAAGUCGAACUGCCAAACAAAGUUACACGAAAGGAAAAGUUCAAUGUCAAAGUGACAGUGUUCAAUUAUUUUAUAAUAGAACAAAUUGUUCGAGUCUACCUGAAAAGCGUAAGUGGUUUGUGCUAUGGCACACUACCCGGAGAACAAUCACCACCGCAAUUAAUUACCUUGCCUCCGGACAACGCAAGGACUCUUAAGUUUCCCAUUAUGCCAUUGGAAGCGGGAACUUAUCUAAUAACUGUGUCGGCAGUUGCUACGAACGAACACUACCCUGACGUAGACAUUGUGGAAAAACAACUAGUUGUUGUGAAUGAUGGUAUUCUGGAAAAAAAUAACAUCACUGUAUGUCCUGAUCCGAAUAACCAAAUGGAAAACUGCAUUCAAGGUCCAGAAGUGAGAAGGAAAGAUAUAAACGAAAGCCAAAUAGGAACGUCAGAAUGCUCUCAGAGGUGCACCAACACUAACGGAAGCUAUCAGUGCGGAUGCAGUCAUGGUUAUCUCUUGGAAGCAAACGGAUUGACGUGUACAGAGGCAAUUAUAGGGCGGCCGCUGACCUUUGGUGACAUGACCGAGUUGGAUUUUAGUACUAACCCCGCAUUAUUUAGAGAAGCCCUGGGGUAUGGGGAUGGGGCGGAACAUAUUGGGGAGGGUGGAAUGGGGCGGUCAAUCGCAAAUAGGCCCAUGGACCCACACGAAAGGUGGAUAGAUAUGUCUGUGCUCGAGAAGGAGUCGAGCAAGUUUGAGCGCUACGCAAGGGUGCAAGAUUGGUCUGACGCAGAAUGCGCCGAUUGCCUUGGUUGGUGUUUGACAGGAAAGGCGGUCGAUUUCUAUGCGUUGCUAACCGAAGGGAGAGGGACGGUACCUUACGCAGAGCUAAUGCAGCGACUGCAGGAGCGUUUUGGCGCCAGGGAGCUUACCGCCACCGCGCAGGGCCGUUUCCACGUUGCCCAUCAGGAAGUAGGCGAGUCCCUAGACAAUUGGUCAGAUCGGGCGCUGAAGCUGGCAACAGCGGCGUUUCGUGAUCUGCCCUAUGCAUACGCCGCUGAACAGGCAGUGACGAAGUUUUGUCACGGUUUGAUUGACGAGGAGGCCGGCAAGCAUGUUAGUCUUCAGUUACCAACAUCUAUGGGAGAUGCGAUGAACAUGCUGAAGAUAUAUUGCCAUGUUCAGUCGGCUUGCGCCGCGGCUCCGAGGUAUACCCAGGAGACUGAGCAAGAAGAGUCAAUGUGGGUUCACGAGGUGAAGAAAGCACCCACUGCGGAUGAGGUCAGUGUGUCGGCGGUCGACAAAUUGACCCAGGUGGUCGAGAAGUUGCUUGAUGCUGUGGAGAGAUUGUCAAACUCUUUUGGAAGUUCGGCCGUUGAUCCCUUUGUCCAACAACCGGGGAAGGUCCGGAACCGGUGGUACAACGACCAACGCCAGGUUAUGUAUCCUGCGGGUGCGGGUGGCGGAGGUGCACGUGGGCAUCGGAACCAAAAUUCAAAAGUCCGCCCUGAGGGAUCGUAUCGCGGCAGAUAUGGUUCCAACUGGGGACAUUUUCAUGCCAUGUCCUUGCCCAACCAUAAGGAGAAGGAGCCCGUUGUGGUAGCUGCGACGACUAAGCAGUUGGGCCAACCGGAAGUGGAUCAUGUAAACCAGCUAGGUCCGGUUUCCCAGUUCUGCAUGAAGGUGCAGCAUGCCAAGGACGUGCACGAUGCAGUUCCCUUGGUGCUGCCAACAGUGCCAGAUGUCGUCAGUGAUCCAAGGAUGGUCAUUGGCGAGAGCACUGAAGGAUACCAUGGAGAUCCUGUGUGCGAUGAUGAAUUUCGCGUGCAGCGCGUUGCGGUUCAGUCUGCGGAGGCGGCUAAAAGCAUGGCCACCGACAGGGCCGACCAGGUGAGGGCCAAAAUAGCCCAACGAAAAGCUGCUGAAACUACUCCGGCCACCGGAAGGUCAGUACCUGUCAGACGGGCGACAGAAGUUGCCGCGUGUGACCGCCAUAAGGGCGGCGCAUGCGGAUGCCGAGUUACCCCAGAUGACAGCUGGGAAGACAAGAAAAGGAGCAAGAGUUACCAGACCUUAUUGUGA